CUGGCCGCGAGACGCGAUAAGAGCACAGAACGCCAAGCCAGUCCCUCCGCCGAGCAUAACAGCCCGUGCGCGUUCCCGUGCAUCUUUCCUUCUUCGAUGGAGGUUAAACUUUGCACGACCAUGUUCCGAGCCAGCAAGAUGUUGGUUAUCUCGCUGCUCCUUCUCGCUACAACUUAUGCACUGCCCCAGAUACAACCUUGCACCACGCCGCCACCUGAGCUUCCCAAUGCCAAAUUCGUGCUAGUAGAAGCGGAGCGCCUCGCCCUCUACAACUGCGACAGCGAUUUCUGGCUUAGUGGACCUAAUUAUCUGACAUGCAUCACCUCUGCCGAUGGCAACGACACUUGGGUUCCCGAGCCUUGGCCAGAAUGCCGUCCGUAUGUGGACUGCCCGGACAUAAGCCUGGAACACGGGGUCUACGAGGGUGACUGCUGCGCGCCGGGCGACGAAGUGUACUUUCAAUGCAACGACGAGAAACGAUAUCGACUCUCAGGUGCUGAUUCAGCCAUCUGCCAGCCAAACGGAAACUGGAGCUCGCCAAUACCCACGUGCGUAAGGUCAGUGGCCUUGAUAUGCAUGUUAGUCAGAAGUUGCCUGUGUUAGAAAG